GGACAACUUGUAUCUCGAGGUCCUGGUCAGCUUGCUGCUUUCUGCUCUUUUUCAGAAAACCAGGAAUUGAAAAUCAUGGCUGGGAAGCCCAUACUUCAUUACUUCAAUGGAAGAGGCAGAAUGGAAUCAGUGCGCUGGCUCUUAGCAGUUGCUGGAGUAGAGUUUGAAGAAAAGCUAAUGAAUUCAGCUGAAGAGUUUGAUAACUUAAUUAAGAGUGAGUUCACAGUCUUGCUGUUGAUUGACAUGUAUGUGGAAGGGAUGAGAGAUCUGAAUGACAUGAUCAUGUACUACCCACUGUGUUAUCCUGGAGAAGAGGAAAAGAACCUCAACUACAUCAUAGAGAGAGCCACUGAAAGAUUCUUCCCAGUGUAUGAGAAGGCAUUAAAAAGCCAUGGGAAAAAUUAUCUUGUUGGCAACCAGAUGAGCUGGGCAGAUAUACAGCUGUUUGAAGCCAUCCUAAUGGUUGAAGAAUUGAAGUCAGAUGUUCUCUCUGCAUUCCCUAAACUGCAGGAGUUCAAAGCUAGAAUGGGAAAACUCCCCAGCAUUCAGAAAUUCCUUCAGCCUGGAAGUCAAAGAAAACCAAAAAUGGAUGCCAAAAAUCUUGCAGUGGCAAAAAAGAUAUUCAAGGUCGAUGACUCGGUGUUUCUUAAACAUAUGAGCUGAAUAUUCAGAAAGUGUUCUAAGGAGUGCAAUGUUUUAGUUUCCAUCCAUAGUCAUAAUACUUGGAAGUGCUCCUGAGACAUUCCUUGGUUGAAUAACCAGCAGACCUGAUGCCUCCCUGUAGACCUUCUUAUAAAUUAGAAAAAUCUAGUAAUAAAUGAGAAGAAUUAAAACAUUGUUUAUUAUAAAACUUCA